GCUUACGCUAACACAUACCGUAUUAGGAUAAAUUAUGUGUCAACCGCUAAAUAUAUCUCUUAUCAAAUUUUUUAAUUUUUGAUCCUGUCUCCACGCCUGAAUUGAAUAUUGUUAUUAUCAUUGUGGGUGUAUAUAACUAAGUAUAGAUAACUUUAAAUCAGCCGUUUAAGAGACAUAGGGGGAUUAUUAACCGAAAUAUCUGAUAUACCACUAGCACAAUGUAUAUUCCAACUAAAUAUUUAGAAGAAGAUUGGGAAGAAGUAGCAUAUCUUAUUAAAAAUUAUCCAUUAGCCACAGUAGUUACUUCAUUUGGUGAUGAAGGGAUUAUAGCUAAUCAUUUCCCAUUCUUCUUUAAAGAAGAUAAAGAAACCGGUAAGAAGUAUCUUAUUGCUCAUAUUGCUAAAGCCAAUCAUCAAAUUCCAUCCUUAAAAGAAAAUGAUGAUGUUUUAAUCAUUUUUCAAUCUCAUAAUACUUAUAUUUCACCAAAUUAUUAUCCAACUAAACAAGAGACUCAUAAGUUUGUCCCAACUUGGGAUUUCGCUAGUGUUCAUAUUAAGGGUAAAUCAAAGUUACUUGAUGAUUUUGAUUUUGUUAGAAGUCAAAUUAGUGCUUUAACAGAUCAACAAGAAGCUGAUAGAGAUGAUCCAUGGAAAGUUACUGAUGCUCCAGAAGGUUAUUUAAAAGUUAUGCAAAAGGCAAUCAUUGGUUUAGAAAUUGAAAUUGAAAGUUUCCAAUGUAAAUAUAAGUUUGAACAAGGUAUGAAAAGAAAAGAAGUUGAUGGAGUUAUUAAAGGUCUUGCUGAUGAUAAUUUACCUGAAGUUUCAAAUUUAACUGUAACUGCCAAUGCUAGAGCUGAAAUUAAAAAUGCCGAGAAGCAAUAAUGAAAGCUAUAAUAUUAAUAAUUAUUCUAGAAUACACUUUUUUUUUAUAUAUAAAUAGA